CUCCAGACGCCCCAGCAGCCGAAGUAGCCGACCCUCCGCAAGCCUGAACAGCCGCCGACCGUCCGCUACCAACCGCCGACCGUCACAACCUCCAAUUCUUCAUCCGCCGUCUCAGCCGCGACGCCUCAGCCGCCCCUCCAAUUUCUAGACAGGCUUACCAAUGGUUGUAGAGAUUGGGGUUGAGCAUGGUUUGCUAAACGCACUUAAAGAUUUUGUGCUGAUGCAAGCCGUGUUCUUUACAUUCUCAUUUGGCACAAAAUCUCACUACUACGGCAAAACAAUCCUCCAUGGAGGAGGAACUUCAUCGUCAUGACGAGGAGGAAAACGAAACGCAUGUAGAAGAUCAAAUAUUUCGAGACCCCCUCCCCCAGUUGAAAAGAGCUAAGGUUGUGCGUGCCAUCCCAGCAGAACAAUGGCCAAAGGAUCAAGACGGGAAGUUCAUCUUACGUGUUGUAGGACGUUGUUGGAUUCCUUCAAAACCCGGCGUCAAAAUUAUAGGGAAAUCAAUUAAGAGGUCUUAUAGAGAGCCAUGGCGUACAUGGUGUUCCCUGCAGCAGGAAGUCCGUGAUCGGUGGUGGAGUUUUUUUAGAGAACAUUGUACAUGGGAUCCUCGAGAUGAUGCAACAAUGAGAAGAAAUUAACAUGAAAGAGGAGGAAAACGCUUCGGUAGUAUUCUAGAGAGCAAGAGUCCUUAGAACACGUAAUGGAAAGCCGAAGUGGAUGGGAGAUGUGGCUUGGAAAGAAGUUACUGAAUAUUGGGAUUCACCAGAGUUUCUUGCGAAAUCUGCUCGGGCAAAGGCAAACCAAGCAUCAAAGAAAGGUGGGGCACUUCACACAACUGGACCCAUUCCCCACGUUGAGGUCGCAGAGAAUAUGGCUAUUGCUCUUGAUCGUCCGGUAGACCCUGACGAGUUGGUUUGUUUCACUCGAUGACAUACAGAUGGUAGUUGGAUUGAUGAGUGCUCAAAGGAGAUAUAUGUAAUAAGUUUAACUUAUGGCACUUUUUUUUAAUUUUAUAAUUUUUGUUUACAUGUAAUCUCAAACAUAUAAGAUUCUACCUAUUGUAGGCCAAGUGCCAAGAGGCUAUGCACGACAUUUCAUCUCAAGCCUCAAUUGGCGGUGUGGACCCCUUGACAAAGUUAUAAACAUGGUCUGAUGCCAUUGGUGGCAAAAACCACAGUCUGUGUAUGGGGUAUAGCAGGUUUCUCUUCUACCUUUUCUCGUGCAGGAGCAUCAAUCUCUUUUUACACAUCUCAAAAUGUCAAACUUGGAGCUUUUGGUGCAUCGAACGAUGAAUGGAAAAAGGAGAUGAAAGAAAAACAUGAACUCCAAGGUGAUCAAAUUGAAAGACAAGAAGAAGAAUUAGCUUAUUUUCGAACUACCUUGAAAGUUGUACUUCAACGCCUUGCUGUUGUGGAGGGAUCUUCUACUCCUCCAUCAUCGACCCCGGCUACUCAUCCACACUACAAUGAUGAGCGUGAUGAACUUGAAUUGAGUGAUUAAUACGUUUCUACUCGAGGUGAUUCUGUACACAAGACGCUGCUAAUUAAGAUUUAGAAACGUACUAAUCACUCAUUUCAUGUUCAUCACGCUCAUCAUUGUAGUGUGGAUGAGUAGCCAGGGUCGAUGACGGAGGAGUAGAAGAUCCCUCCACAACUGCAAGGCGUUGAAGUACAACUUUCAAGGUAGUUCGAAGAUAAGCUAAUUCUUCCUCUUGUCUUUCAAUUUGAUCACCUUGGAGUUCAUGUUUUUCUUCCAUCUCCUUUUUCGAUUCAUCGUUACAUGCACCAAAAGCUCCAAGUUUGACAUUUUGAGAUGUGUAAAAAGAGGUUGAUGCUCCUGCACGAGAAAAGGUAGAAGAGACCUGCUGUACCCCAUACACGACUUUGGUUUUGCCACCAACGGCAUCAGACCAUGUUUGUAACUUUGUCAAGGGGUUCACACCGCCAAUCGAGGCUUGAGAUGAAAUGUCGCGCAUAGCCUCUUGGCACUUGCCCUACAAUAGGUAGAAUCUUAUAUGUUGGCGGAUCUUUGGAUUUCAAAUACAACAUUGCGAUCCUCCCGUGCAACGUCUUGCCUUUUACUUAACAAAUCAGCAGAGCGUUAUAUUUUCGGACAAUGGAGCAUUGGAGAAGAUCAUAGCAAGGACAAUUUCGGACACUUCAUAGUUUGUAGUAUUUUUUAUGCAAUUUUUUAUUGUGUAAAUUUUAUUUUUCAAUUGUACACCAACUAUACAAUCAAAUAUGUUGAAUUCAAAAUAAAAUUUUUGGUUAUUU